AUGAAUACAUCAGCGCCAGCGAAGCUGCAUACCUUGACAGCUACUCAAGCGCUCCACUUGCUCAAGGACAACACGAUCACUGCUGAACAAUAUGCGAGAGCGCUCCUGGAUCACAUAGAAGAGAGAGACGAUAUAGUACAAGCAUGGACAUAUAUCGACAGAAAACUUGUCCUUAGUCAAGCUCGAGAGCUUGAUAAACUCCAUCAGAAUGAACGUGGACCACUGCACGGAAUUCCUGUGGGCAUCAAAGACAUCAUGAACACGAAAGACAUGCCUACUGAAUAUGGAUCCCCUCUGUAUCAAGGCAAUAGGCCAGGUUCUGACGCUUCGCCGGUCGCAGUGUUACGACGCGCCGGUGCUGUCAUCAUGGGCAAGACGACAACGACUGAAUUCACAGUUCUCAACUCUGGACCAAAUGCAACAAAUCCUCAUGAUGUUCGACGCACACCGGGCGGCUCCUCAGCAGGCUCAGCAGCAGCUGUAGCUGAUUUUCAAGUUCCACUAAGCUUUGGCACACAGAAUGGUGGCAGCAUAAUACGGCCGGCAUCGUAUACCGGAAUUUUCGCAAUGAAGCUCAGUCUGAACGCCAUGUCGCCAGAGGGUGUAAAGGUCGUCUCUUUCAGUAUAGAUAGGUGUGGAACGUUUGCUCGCAGUUUAGAGGAUUUACAACUAUUGGCGGACGUUUUUCGCUUUCCGUCCAAGGAAGCAAGGGUUGCUUUCGUAAAGACUCCGGUGUGGUCUCUUGCUGGUCCAGGUACGAUUGCAGCUAUGGACAAUGCUGCCGCGAUACUGAAGAAACAUGGAGUUCACGUGGAGGAAGUGGAUCUUCCCUCCGAAUUGAACGACGCUGAUGUGUUGAGGGCAACACAAAGGGUUGUGCUGCGAUAUGAGGCCCACUCAGCUUUUCUUGCGGAUACUUUGCGCGACGUGAACGAAACCAAGAUGGAUCGAAGGAUACGUAACAUGAUAGACAAUGGAGGUAACCUUACCAUUGCAGAAGUGGCAGGCGCUGUCGACAGAUAUGCAAGGCUUCGGUCUGAGUUCGAUAAAUUUGCUGUCAAGUAUUCCGCAGUCCUUGCACCCAGUGCACAGGUUAUAGCACCACUUGGGAUAGGGGACAUGGGUGAUUCGAGUUUCAACUUCAUGUGGAGUGGACUGCACACACCUGUGGUUCAUAUACCAGCAUUUACUGGAGAAAAUGGCCUGCCGGUCGGGUUAUCAGUGAUUGCAGGCAGAUAUCAAGACCAGUAUCUCCUCAAAAUCUGCAAGGUCCUCGCCAAUCCCUUGAUGGCUGAGGGUGGUUGGAACGUGAUAGAGACAGCUGCUGGGACCAAGUUAUGA